AGAGAGCAGUGCGAGUCACGAUUGCAAGUAUGUACAAGUUAUUCUAGAAAUAUAACUAAUAAUAAAGAGUGUCAAAUUAACAUUAAAAUUGAAGAGAAGGAAAGCUCUGGAGUGCGCAAUGGCCUCCUACGUUUAUUAUUUGUAUUGAAAUCCAUUAAUUAAUUAAGAGUAAAUUUGAAUUCAAGUAGAAGAGUGAAAUAAAAAGAUCACGCGUGUAACGCCUACUGUUCACGUGCACUGCUACUCUCCUCGAUUCAGUAAUAGGCUCAGUAUUUUCUAUAAAGUGGCAAAAUCAGUUGAAUAUUAAGCCAAAGUAAUUCGUAAACCAAUAUUCUUGUGUGCUUUAAAUAAAUGUUCGCUUCUAUACAAAUUAUCGAGAAAGAUAGUGAUUAAUCGCAUCCACAUCACAUUCUGACAAAGACAAAGACACUUGCAACCGCGAGCGUGCACUCUAAUAUUAUCAUUCUUGUUGUGAGAUUCAAUUCUCUUACAUAACUGUGUUCUGUGAUUACAACUAUCGGCUGGCAAAGUGACGCGUAUACGCGCGACUCGCCGGCUUGAACGGAGCGGCCAGACACGGAGUGGAGCAGGGAAGAGGAAACGGAUGGCAAUCGAAUGAAAAGGGAAAAGAGGUACAAUUUCGCCCGUUCAUCGCGAUUCUUUCAAUUACUUUUGACGAACUCGACGGCAUAGUAUCGAAGUCGCCAAUCGAAUAAUCGACUUGGGCGAAAAGUAAGCGCUGUACACGGGAGACCGACAAUGUCCAUGAUGGGUAAGGCGGUGCUUUACUCUUAUUGGCGGAGUUCUUGCUCUUGGAGGGUAAGAAUUGCAUUGAAUCUAAAAGAGAUACCAUAUGACAUAAAGCCUGUUCAUCUGGAGAAGAGUGGUGGAGAACAACAUUCCAAUGAAUUUCGCGAGAUUAAUCCAAUGGAGAAAGUCCCCGCACUCCAUAUCGACAAUCAUAUCCUGAUAGAGUCUCUAAAUAUCCUACAUUAUUUGGAAGAAACUAGGCCGAAUCGUCCAUUGAUGCCAGCGGAUCCUAUUAAAAGAGCUAGAGUAAGAGAGAUUUGUGAAGUAAUUGCCAGUGGUAUACAACCGUUGCAAAAUGUCGGUCUUUUAAGCUAUGUCGGAGAAGAACGUAAGAAAGAAUGGACACAGCAUUGGAUUACUAAAGGGUUUACAGCUGUGGAAAAAUUAUUAUCGUCGAAUGCGGGUAAAUAUUGUGUCGGCGACGAGAUAACAUUAGCGGACUGUUGCCUGGUUCCACAAGUAUUCAAUGCACGAAGAUAUCAUGUUGAUUUGACUCCUUUCCCUACUAUUUUGAGGGUUGACCGUCAUUUGGAACACCAUCCGGCUUUCACUGAGACUCACCCCAACAAUCAACCCGACGCUGACUGUCCGCCCAAGGCGACUAAGUAACAAGCGAGGCAGACCACUCUUUUCCUCUUCUUUAAGAAGGGUGAAAAGGGGUGUUCUAACAUUAUGUAGUAUCAUAGUGAUGAAAGGUGAAGGAGUUUUAUUGCAUUUAUUAGCAUUUCUUGUGCAUUUAAGUUAUACCGAUUAAAAAUUUUGUUUUAAUGUCAUAAAUAAAAACUAUUGAUAUAACUUAAGACUCUUGAAAAUUAAAAUAACAAACAAUUAAGAAAAUGGCUACUAAAAGUCAGUACGGAUAUAGGUGCGCAAUCAAAAUUAUUAAUGAUUCUUCUAAUGAUCUUAUAAUUAUUUAUUCAUCUUAAGCAAAAUAACAAAAUCAAACGAACAUUUCGACUCGCUUUGGAGUCACCUUCAUCGUAUCAAUGUAAGAAAUAUAAAGUAGAUAAUUUUAAUUGCGCACCUAUAUCCGCGCUGACUCCCAAUAGCUUUUUUCUCAAUUGUUUGUUGUUAUAAAUAAAAAUAGUCUAAAAAAAGAUAUUAAAUUAAAUAGCACAGUCUAAUUUAUCUCAACCAUUAAUUGAACGUAUUUUUAAUUAUACAAAUAGGUCCUAUCUUUGGAGUAACAAAAUAUACAAGAAACUAACUUUGAUUUCUACAUUUUCAAGUGAUAAAUUGCAUUAUUUUGAUAACAGUAUUUAUGUGUUCAAGAUCGAUUGGUUACAGUUUUACCUUUUAUCAUUUAUGAACUGUGUAUUGAAAUGGUUAGCGGUGCAACAAAUAUAAUUAUAUCGAGCAAUGGUCUUGAUUUAAACAUCCUGUUAUAAUACAAUGACGCUUAUUUUAGAACAAAGAUAUGCCAUUUCUAUACUCGCACAAGAGCAAAGAAAGAGCUAUUGGGUCAUUGAGUAUGAAACUUUACACAUGUGAAUAUCUCGAUAUUUACAUGUGUAAAGUUUCAUACUUAAUGACCCAAUAUUUGUUUAUUUGUUUUAUUUUGUCAGAUUUUCUACAAUUUUACAUGAUCAAUCGAAAUUUAUCUUCUCGCAAUAUUUUUGCACAAUAUUUUAUAAAGAUAUAUUGAUCUAUUCUAAAUAAGUUCUGUUAAAAUUAAAAGUAUAAAUUUUGUAUACAUAUUAUAAUUUUUUAUUUUAUACUUGCUUGUAAUAUGUAUAUAAGAUAAAGAAAAAGAAAAGAAAGUGUUGCUAUUGUAUUCUAACGAAUACCCUAAAAUCUUCACUGAUAUGUAGACUAAUUUCUCGUAUCUAUGUAAUACAAAGUACGCGUAAAUAAAUUCAAACGUGAAGCGAUCAAAUUCGAAGGAAAACAUGUAAUAACCCAAUCAGAAACGUCUAGUUCAUACGACGUUGAACCUAACUAAGGUUAAAAUGCUGAUCAAUUCGACGUCGAAAGCAUACAAAAUAUCAAUGAGUAUUCAAAUAUCGUUUCGACGUCGAUUCAACGUCGAAGUAACUCGAUGAAAACAGGUACGUGGAGUCCACGUUCUUUUCAUGUAGAUCAUCCAAGUGAAAUCUACGUGAGCAAAACAAUAUUUAAAAAAACAUUUUUUCAAUAAAAAAAAAUUACAUUCUCA